AUGUCGGUUGUAAAAGAUACCAAUAUCCCAUUUUCCAGGGAGUCCUUAGAGCAGUUGUUGAAGAGAAGGUUCUUUUAUGCUCCAUCAUUCGAGAUAUAUGGAGGUGUUGCUGGAUUAUUUGACUUUGGACCACCAGGUUGUGCUUUUCAAAACAAUGUAAUUGACGUCUGGAGAAAGCAUUUUAUUUUGGAGGAAGAUAUGUUGGAAGUUGACACGACCAUGUUGACUCCUUAUGAAGUGUUUAAGACUUCAGGUCACGUUGAUCGUUUUUCUGACUGGAUGUGUAAAGAUUUGAAAACAGGAGAGAUAUUUAGAGCAGACCAUCUUGUGGAAGAAGUAUUAGAAUCGAGAUUAAAAGGAGACAAGCUGGCAAGAGGCGAAUCUGUCAAGGAUGAAGAGGAUGAGGAUAAGAAGAAGAGAAAGAAAAAAGUUAAGGAGAUCAAGAAUAUCAAAUUGGAAGACGAUGUGGUUGAAGAGUAUGAGAACAUUUUGGCUCAAAUUGAUGGGUAUUCUGGACCUCAGUUGGGUGAGUUGAUUAUUAAACAUAAUAUAACCAAUCCUGCAACUGGAGGUGCAUUAGAACCCCCCAUUGAGUUUAAUUUGAUGUUUGAUACUGCCAUUGGUCCUGCAGGAAACUUGAAGGCUUUCUUGAGACCAGAAACCGCACAAGGGCAAUUUCUUAAUUUCAACAAGUUGUUGGAGUUCAACAACGAUAAGAUGCCCUUUGCUUCCGCUUCAAUUGGAAAAUCUUUCCGUAAUGAAAUUGCUCCUAGAGCUGGUUUAUUGCGUGUACGUGAGUUUUUGAUGGCUGAAAUAGAGCAUUUUGUAGAUCCGGAAGAUAAAUCACAUCCAAAGUUUGACGACGUUAAAGAUGUGAAAUUAAGGUUUUUGCCUAAAAAGGUGCAAGAAUCAGGAUCCAAUGACCUUAUUGAGAUGAGUGUUGGGGAGGCAGUUAGUUGUGGAAUGGUGGAUAAUGAGACUUUGGGUUAUUUUAUUGCUAGAAUCUAUGCGUUUUUGAUCAAAAUCGGCUGUGACCCUAAUAGAUUAAGAUUUAGACAACACAUGUCAAACGAGAUGGCUCAUUAUGCUUCCGAUUGUUGGGAUGCUGAAUUGCACACCUCAUAUGGUUGGAUUGAAUGUGUUGGUUGCGCUGAUAGAUCAGCAUACGAUUUAUCUGUCCAUUCUGCUCGUACUGGUGAAAAACUAGUAUCUAGAAAGGCUUUAAGCGAGCCACGCACUGUUGAGGAAUUUGAAAUCGAACUUGCAAAGAAAAAAUUUGGACCCAAAUUCAGAAAAGAUGCAGCAACUGUUGAAAAAUGGCUUUUGUCGAGGACACAAUGUGAAUUAGAAGACUUUGCUAAAAAACUAGAGGAACACGGAAGGAUUGUUGCUCGUAUUGACGGCGUUGAAGGCGCAGUUGAAUUGGAUCCAGAACUUAUAAAGAUUGAGAAGGUCAAGAGAACAGAACAUGUUAGAGAAUUCACUCCAAAUGUGAUUGAACCAUCGUUUGGUAUUGGACGUAUUGUGUAUUCAGUUUUUGAACAUCAGUAUUGGGCAAGAAAAGAUGAUGCCGAGAGAGGUGUUUUGUCUCUUCCUCCACUUGUGGCACCAACCAAAGUCUUACUCGUGCCGUUGUCAAAUAGUUCCGAGCUUCAGCCAAUUGUCAAAAAGGUCUCGAGUGUAUUGAGAAAGGAAAAAAUACCUUUCAAAAUCGAUGAUUCUUCUGCUUCAAUUGGUAAAAGAUAUGCUAGAAAUGAUGAGUUGGGUACACCUUUUGGUAUCACGAUUGAUUUUGAAUCUGCCAAGGACGAUUCAGUAACCUUGAGAGAAAGAGACUCAACUAAGCAGGUCAGAGGUUCAAUCAGUGAAGUUGUAGAGGCCAUAAAAGAAAUCACAUAUUCCGGAGUCGAUUGGACUAAAGGUACAGCUUCUCUCAAGCCUUUCAACUCGUGA